CGCGGGGAAGGACCGGAACUCCGGGCGGGCGGCCUGUUGUUAACAUGGCGGCGGGAGCUACCGGCACGUCUUUUGGAGGCGGCGGGGCCCACACCCGGAAGACGGGUUUCUUUUCGGCCUAGCGCGGCGGCCGCUGCGGACCCGGAAGUCCGGGCCGGUUGCUGAAUGAGGGGAGCCGGGUCCUCUCCGCGCCAGUCCCCCCGCGCCCUACGCCCCGACCCGGGCCCCGCGAUGUCCUUCUUCCGGCGGAAAGUGAAGGGCAGAGAGCAAGAGAAGACCUCAGAUGCCAAGUCAGGUAAAGCUUCAAUAUCCGUACAUUCCCCACAAAAAAGCACUAAAAAUCAUGCCUUGCUGGAGGCUGCAGGACCAAGUCACGUGGCAAUCAAUGCCAUUUCUGCCAACAUGGACUCCUUUUCAAGUAGUAGGACGGCAACACUCAAGAAGCAGCCCAGCCACAUGGAGGCCGCUCAUUUUGGUGACCUGGGCAGAUCUUGUCUGGACUACCAGACUCAAGAGACCAAAUCAAGUCUUUCAAAGACCCUUGAACAAGUCUUGCAGGACGCUGUUGUCCUCCCUUAUUUCAUUCAAUUCAUGGAACUUCGGAGAAUGGAGCAUUUGGUUAAGUUUUGGUUAGAGGCUGAAAGUUUUCACUCUACAACUUGGUCCCGAAUAAGAGCACACAGUCUGAACACGGUGAAGCAGAGCUCACUGGCUGAACCUGUCUCUCCUUCUCAAAAGCACGAAACUACAGCAGCUUUUGUAACCGACUCUCUUGAAAAGAGAUUGGAGGAUUCUCGCUCAGCCCAGUCGGAAGGAAUUGACCUGAGUAAUAGAACUAGCAACUCUCAGAAUCACUUGCUGCUUUCCCGGGAAUGUGACGGUGCCCGCUCUCUCCACCUGGAGACGGCCAGAGCACGAGCUCAUCGAGGUUCCGCGGAAACCCAGGAAUCCUCCAGGCUUACGGUAGCCAGUAGAAAUAGUCCCUCCUCUCCACUAAAGGAAUUAUCAGGAAAAUUAAUGAAAAGUAUAGAACAAGAUGCAGUAAAUACUUUUACCAAAUAUAUAUCUCCAGAUGCUGCUAAACCAAUACCAAUUACAGAAGCAAUGAGAAAUGACAUCGUAGCAAAGAUCUGCGGAGAAGACGGGCAGGUGGACCCCAGCUGCUUCGCCUCAGCGCAGUCCGUGGUCUUCAGCGCGAUGGAGCAUGAGCACUUUAGUGAGUUUCUACGGAGUCACCAUUUCUGUAAAUACCAGAUUGAAGUGCUGACCAGUGGAACUGUUUACCUGGCUGACAUUCUCUUCUGUGAGUCAGCCCUCUUUUAUUUCUCUGAGUACAUGGAGAAAGAGGACGCAGUGAAUAUCCUACAGUUCUGGUUGGCAGCAGACAACUUCCAGUCUCAGCUUGCUGCCAAAAAAGGCCAGUAUGACGGACAGGAGGCACAGAACGACGCCAUGAUUUUAUAUGACAAGUACUUCUCCCUCCAGGCCACACAUCCCCUUGGCUUCGAUGAUGUAGUACGACUGGAAAUUGAAUCCAACAUCUGCAGGGAAGGUGGGCCACUCCCUAACUGUUUCACCACUCCGUUACGUCAGGCCUGGACAACCAUGGAGAAGGUAUUUUUGCCUGGCUUUUUGUCCAGCAACCUUUAUUAUAAAUAUUUGAAUGAUCUCAUCCAUUCGGUUCGUGGAGACGAGUUCCUGGGAGGAGGUGUCUUGCUGACGGCUCUGGGCUCUUCUGGCCCCACUGAGGACUCCCACCCCGGGGCAGCCGACAGCUCUGCCGCGCAGUCUAGUGUGAAAAAAGCCAGUGUUAAAAUUCUGAAAAAUUUUGAUGAAGCUAUAAUUGUGGAUGCUGCAAGUCUGGAUCCAGAAUCUUUGUAUCAACGGACGUAUGCGGGGAAGAUGACGUUUGGAAGAGUUAGUGACUUGGGGCAGUUCAUCCGAGAGUCUGAGCCUGAACCUGAUGUAAAGAAAUCGAAAGGAUCCAUGUUCUCUCAAGCUAUGAAGAAAUGGGUGCAAGGAAAUACUGAUGAGGCCCAGGAAGAGCUAGCUUGGAAGAUUGCUAAGAUGAUAGUCAGUGAUGUUAUGCAGCAGGCCCAGUGUGAUCAGCCGUUAGAGAAGUCCGCGAAGCUAUGACUCAAGACCUGAGAUAAAGGAAAUCUGCUUUUGGAAAAUAAAAGAACUUUUUUCCUUUGGUUGGAUUCUUCCCCGCAGCCAGUGAAAACAGAGCACUGUAUUUCUUCUCACUGUUGUUCCCAAGAAAGAACGGCAGACAAUCCUAGACUUCCAGCGUCGGCAGAGUGUCGCACAGACACAUCUGCACACGAUGAUCGCACAGUGAAAGUCGUAGAGACGGAGUGGUGGUGUUUACAUUACUAGAGACUUACUAGUUUUCCAAUGGCGAUAACCCACGCGUGGAAGAGCGUUAGUCCCCUGGGGUAGGCGGGGGCCACGCGCCACGGGAGAUGCAGAGGCGAAGAGCCGGUAGUUGAUGCACCCCCCGUGGCGGUGACCCACCCCAGCGGCGUCAGGCAGCGGGAGCCAGCGGGGCUUCGCUUGGUCUCCUGAGCGGGCAGGUGCGCCGGCCCCUCAGGAGCCGGGCGGUGCGGUGCCCGCAGGUGGCUUUUCUUCCGCGGGCGGGGUCUGCACAGAGGCGUUAAUUUGGAAGGAAGCUAACGGGCCGUGGGUCGAGUCUUGGUGACGUUGUCCUCCAUUUGGUGACAGUGUGUGGUCUUCACGUUUUAAUUGCUCCUGAGAAGCAGUACUCCUAAAGCCAGCUCCCCCGCUGACGGAAGGGCGAGCCUCUGCGCUGCAAGUGGUAGGACUUGCUCCUCCGAGGUUCUGGGCUCCGGUGGCAUCACCUCCCCUCAGAGUACUUGGGGAGAGGGACGUGCAACAGCCAUCACUCCAGUUUUCCCCUGUGGCUCCUCGAACGAAAUGUUUAUUCCCAGAUUGCAGAGUUUUUGAAGAAGAUGGGCGGGCAGGCGUGGGG